UCUAUGAACUCACCUUCACAGCUAGGUUGGCAAGUGAGUGGUGAUGAUCCGUGUGGACAAUAUUGGAAAGGCAUAACAUGCUCAAACAACCGAGUUACAGAGAUUAAGUUAUCCAAUCUUAAACUAACGAGAACAUUGCCUUAUGGAUUACAACCCUUGACAUCUUUGACCAACCUAGACCUGAGUAGCAACAAUCUUGGAGGUGGCAUACCAUACCAGCUUCCUCCAAAUAUGCAGCGCUGAAAUCUGGCUUAUAAUAACUUUACUGGGGCAAUCCCUUACUCUAUUUCUGAUAUGACCUCUCUUACAGAC